AUGUCGGUGUCACUACAUAACCUGCUGCCGGGCAACCCAGCUACUACUCGUGCUCAAUCCACCAAGCUCUCGGUGGAUCCCAAGGGCGAAAAGCUGGUCUACUGCCAGAACCGCACCGUCUUUAUCCGCUCCAUCACCGAUCCAAGCAAGCCAGCUGUUGCCUACUCGCAGCACACGCAGCCUACCACGGUAGCGCGGAUUUCACCUACCGGCUUCUACUGUGCAUCCGCCGACCAGGCGGGUAACGUGCGAGUGUGGGAUCUUGUCGGCGACGAGCAGAUUAUCAAGAACGAGGUCAAGGUGAUCGCUGGUCGCAUCAACGACCUUGCCUGGGAUGGCGAGUCGAAGCGCAUCAUUGCUGUAGGAGAUGGUCGCGAGAGGUUUGGACAUGCGUUUUCGUUUGACAGCGGGUCAAGCGUAGGUGAAGUGACCGGACAUAGUAGGCAGAUCAACGCCGUGGCGAUUCGCAAGGAUCGCCCUUUUCGUGCUGUCACUGCAGGAGACGACAACAACCUCGUCUUCUACCACGGCGCGCCGUACAAGUACAACAAAACCAUCAAUACGCACACGCGCUUCGUUCAAGACGUUGCCUACGCGCCCAACGGCGACCACUUUGUCUCGGUCGGAUCCGACAGCAAAGUGUUUGUCUAUGAUGGCAAGACGGGCGACACACUGAUCGAGCUUUCGGCCAAGGCUUCGGGUGGACACGUUGGAACCAUCUUUGCCGUCGAUUUUGCACCUGACAGCAAACAGAUUGUCACCGCAGGUGCAGAUGGCUUUGUCAAAGUAUGGGACAUCGCCACUGCACAGGUGGUAGCAACGCACGACUUGAACGGCCAGGGCAGUCAGAAGGUGGAAGACCAGCAGGUGGGCGUCGUAUGGGCAGGCAGCCGCAUCGUGUCGCUCAGCUUUGCGGGCACGCUCAGUGUGAUUGAGCACGACGCAAGUGUCAACAGGCUGUACGGCGCAUGUAAGAGCUUCGGUGUGCGGUCUCUAGAUGUUGCAGAAGAUGGAAAGACACUGAUCGGAGGAAGCUACGAUGGACGCGUGCUGUCGUGGUCACCCGACGGGGUUUGCAAACGCCUCGUCGGCGGCGAGAGCUUGACUGCCGCGGUGUUGGGCGUCCACUCGACGCGCGAUGGUGUGUUUGUGGCAAGCAUGGAUGACUCGGUGCGCAAGAUAUCGGAUGGUAAAUACGUCGGAGGAGCCGUAGCCACGUCUAGUCAGCCCAAGGGGAGCGCUGCAUCCACCAGCGGCGUCGUCGUCAUCGCAGGUGCACAAGGGAUCGACAUUAUCGAGAACGGCAACAAGACACACCACGCAACCACAUACACGCCUUCUUCGGCCACUAUCUCUGCCGAUGCAGCGCUCGUCGCGGUUGGCGCCGAAGACGGUCAAGUGUACCUCUACACGCUUGCCUCUGGCUCACUCCAAGAGACGGCCACAUUGACCAACAACCGAUCCGCCGUCACUGCGCUUGCAUUUGAUACUCAGCUAUCGCUCUUGGCAGCCGGAGAGUCGAGCGGCAAAAUUCAGGUCUACGAUCUCGCUACCAAGUCGCUCAAGAUUGCGCACUGGGUAUUUCACUCUGCGCGCAUCAAUGAUUUAUGCUUCUCGCCCGAUGGCACGCACGCCGUGUCGGCGAGUCUCGACACGCAUGUUUACGUGUGGAGCGUCAAGAAGCCUAUGAAGAACAUUGCCAUCAAGAAUGCGCAUGCCAACGGCGCCCAGGCGGUGACGUGGCUGCGUGACGAUGCGUUUGCCAGUGCCGGUGCGGAUGCGGUGGUACGUACAUGGAAGCUCAAGCGCCACGAGGGAGCUUGA